CCAUGUACUGUCUCUUUAAGCAGCUGGAUCAUUGUCGUUGGACACGCCCAUUCUCCCUGCCUACACUCUCUCAGUGUUUGUUCACUCGUGUGAGAUGGGAACUCACGCAGCCGCUGCGUUACGACCAAUCUGCUGGAGAAACGCGGAUUAAAAUACAUUACCAUAUACACUGGGUAAGAAAAUGAAGCGACUACCCGAACGUCUGACUCCCACUGGACCGCUGCCACGGUUUUUACACCAGUCCGAUCCUGCGUUUGCUUGCGUGCCGUCCUUGUGAUCCUUUCUCCGUACGCUCUGCCGGCACAAAGGCGCAGCAGCACCUGAGACUGGACCCAGAUGGUCGGCCAGGAGUGAGCGGACCUGUCGGUGCUACCAAUUCCGGACCUACUGACACACACCGCCGGCAAACCAAGAGACGGUUUAUUUCUUUGACAUUUUCUUUCGGGAUUCGUUUCGAACUGACACUGGACAUGAAGGAAGAUUUUUUUUUUAAAUUCCUUCUUCAAAGUGGCAUCUGCUGGAAUAAUGCAUGAGAAGAAAUACAUUUUUUUUCUCUUCCAUGAUGUCUCCUUCUCCUUCAUUCGGUCCUCCUCAUGAACAGCCGUUGUGUUGUCCAAAAAUGGAUGUGUUGCCCACGAAAAGUGUCAUCAAUUUGUGUUGGUGAGCAGGUCAUCUAAAGGCCUGUUGAAAACACGAUUUAGCUGCAGGUGAGCUGUUGUUUUGAAGAAAGAUUGUGUUGGAUUGGUCAAAUAAACCCCAAUAUGGUAGAGCCGGUGGGAUUCAUCGAGGCGUGGAAGGCUCAAUUCCCAGAGUCGGAGCCCCCCAAGAUGGAGCUGAGGUCUGUGGGAGGUAUUGAGCACGAGCUGGAGAGAUGCAAAGCGUCCAUCAGGAGACUGGAACAGGAAGUGAACAAAGAACGUUUCCGCAUGAUCUACCUGCAGACCCUCCUGGCCAAGGAGAGGAAAAGCUACGACAAGCAGCGUUGGGGCUUUAGGAAAACGCCUCUCAAUGAGGGGGUGGACCCUGCUGCCUCUCAGGGGGCAGAGUCUCAGCAGCCACACAUGCAGGAGACGGGUGGAGUGGGUUGCGGCGGUUACGGUGCCACUCCUAUUGUGGACAGAGGCCGCUACCAGCCUCAUGGAGAUGGAACAGGCAGAUCCAAACCUCGACCCCCACCGGCGAGGAAGUCAGCAUCCCACGGAGAUGGGCUUGAGUCGGCUUUCGAGGCCCCUCAACAGGCUGAGUCGACAUCCUGCGACAAUCUGGAUGGCCUCUCGCCUUCCAAGCAGAGAGGAGGCAUCUCCGCGUCGCCCCGUAGGCCGGCGCUUCCACCUCUGGACAAGGAUCUGCCCUGUGACCCGAAAGACAAGCUUGGGAUGGGCCUCGGUGUGGCUGCUCUAAGGUCCAACUUCGAGAGGAUCAAGCGGACCAACUCUCACUCUGUGGGCGAUAAAGGUCAAGAGAAGCAGCCGCCACUCCCGCCGCCACCUUUCUACACCAACAUGGAGUUCCACCACGACAGGGGGUUGGUUCGGGUCAAUGACCGCGAAGUCUCGGACAAGAUCAGCUCCCUGGGGAACCAGGCCAUGCAGAUGGAGCGGAAGAGAUCAUUGCACUCACUGCCUGGUAACCUGGCAACCGUGGCAGGGGAGCUCCGCGCCAGACCCGUAUAUAGAGGUCGGUCCACUGAAAGCACAUGUGGCUACGAUGCUGAAUAUGAAGACGGUGAACCCAAUCAGAGACAUCAACGAUCCAACGGUGGUAAACCUCCACCUCCGCCUUGGCAACCUUCGGAUUUCCAGGCCUACUCCAGCGUCUAUGUCGGUGGCGUGAUGAUGGGCGAAGGUGGCGGUGGCGACGGCCGAGGCGGUGUCCAAAUGAGAGACCACGGCGGAGGCGAUGACCACCUCCUGACGUGGCCCCGCCGCUCUUACUCCCCGGGGAGCUUUGAAGACAUCGGCGGAGGUGGCGGCUACACGCCGGACUGCAGCUCCAACGAGAACCUGACGUCCAGCGAGGAGGACUUUUCGUCGGGUCAGUCCAGCCACGUUUCGCCCAGCCCGACCACGGCCUUUCGCCGGCCCUUCCGGGAGAAGAGCCGCUCGCCGUCGCAGAACUCCCAGAAUUCCCAGCACUCAUUCGAUAGCAGCAGCCCCCCGACGCCGCAGUCGCAGAAGCGCCAUCAUCGACAGCAGGGGGGCCACGUGGUCAUGUCGGAGGCGACCAUUGUCAGCGUUCGGAAGACCGGUCAAAUCUGGCCUCCCGCUGUACAUCACGGAAGAACAUCGCAUGAUAACAGUUUCCAUGGAGACCACCUUGGUAAGUGACCUAUGUGUCAAACG